AUGGAAAAAGAUGAUCAUCAUGGCAAGGCCAAGAAUGUCGAAGACGCUGGAGGCAACAGCGCCGGAGUUCUUCUGUACGAUGAUCACGGAAAUGUUCGAAACCUGCCAGUUCCAUCGUCAGACCCCAACGAUCCCCUCAACUUUGGGAUCUGGCGACAGCGUCUCGUUCUCUUGGCCGUCUGCAUGUAUGGCAUCGCUGGUUUCGGUGUUAUCCAGUCUACACCCCUCUUCUUUGGGAACCUUAUCGCCGAAUACAUGAAGGAAACGCGUGGUACAUUCCAUCCCGACCGUAUUGCAGACCUUGCUAGUUAUCCCUCCCUCUGCAUGGGCUUGGGAAACUUCUUCUUCGUUCCCCUGUCCAUGGCACUCGGUCGCCGCUUCGCCUUCAUCUUGAGCAACAUAAUCUUUGUGGCAUCGAUUAUCUGGGCUGCCAAGUCACAGUCCUUUGAGUCUCAUCUUGGAGCACGUUGUUUGCAGGGUCUCACUGCAGGUAUCUCGGACUGUCUGCUACCGAUUAUCGUCCUCGACAUGUCAUUCCUAUAUAAGCGAAGCGCACGACUCACUGCUUAUUGGGCGUUCACCGCCAUCGGGUCUUCUAUACUACUGAUCCCCAUUCCCUUUAUCAUUGAGAACUCGGGUGGCAAUUGGAGACUCAACUAUUGGUUCUGGUUAGCUUUUGCAGUCUUUGCAAUGAUACUCAUCAUCUUCUGCGUCCCCGAGACUCUUUUCAACCGUCGUGCUGCAGAGCUUAGCGGGAGAAUCCAUGCGACGGAUGCAUAUGGUACUCAUCGAACCUUUGCCUCGCCGCAAGCCGCCCGCGACGCUGGUUUUGACAUUGAGGAUGCUCAGUCAGAGAAUCCCACAGAGCUCUCGUAUAAGCGCCAGUUUGCACUUUUCACAGUUCAACCAUCGCCUGUCGCCCGGUUCUUUGGUGCAUACAAAGACAUAUUUCUUUGUAUUCUUGUGCCAGGUACUCUUUGGGUCCUGCUGUUCAACAGUAUGGUGUUUGGAGGUCUCGUGGUGCUGAGCUUGACUUAUGCCCAGCGCCUUGAGAUGCCGCCCUGGAACUUCUCCCCAGAAACCGUCGGAACGGUGCAAAUUGGAGCGGCUAUCGGGGCGCUCUUUGGUCUGGGAUACGGCGAGCUAGCAGAACCCAUCAGUCGCUACUUGACCAAGAGAAAUGGCGGUGUUCGAGAGCCUGAGCAUGUUCUUCCCAAUUUCAUUCUCCCGUCCAUUUUCUGCUUUCUGGGCAUGAUAAUCUAUGGAAUCGUGGCAGGGGAUCCAUCGAAGUAUAGCUGGGUGGGCAUGCAUGCUGCUUUCGCCCUGUUCUACUUUGGCUUCUGUGCUAUCUCGGCCGUGACUGGAGUUUGGCUUGGAGAAUUGCUGCCGCACAUGUCGGGACCUGCAAUUGUUCUCACCUGUGGAGGAAGAAAUGCCAUUUCUUUUGGGUACAGUCAUUCGUUCAAUUCAUGGAUCAGCGCGAUGGGUAUCAGGGAUACGUACAUCUUGUUCGGGGGCAUCCAUUUUGCCUUGGGGUCUCUCGCAGUUCCUUUGUACUUUUUUAACGGUCGGAUCCGUCGGGCUAUGGAGAAGGUAUCAUCCCUCGGCACUUGUUGA